UUCCUUCUUUCUUUUCUUUUGCACUGCUGCUCAUUUAUUGCGUCUUCCUUCCAGUUUAUGGUUUUCAGAUAUUUAUAAUGCACUAACUAAAUUUAGCUAGCUGCCUUUUGUUCAUCAAUAGGGUCAACAUUUUACAACUGUGUGAUUCUCAAGCUCGGGGAAAAAAUCACAUCACCAUCUCCUUGCCUUGGGGGGUUUCUGAUAUUUAUUGAAAGUUGUUCUCCAGUACACUUGGCUAUUUUUGGGCUUCGUUCUCUUCUCACCCUCACUGACGACCUUUUUCAUCUGGUACACCUGGUUUCUCCCUAUUAAGUCCAUCAUUUGCCCAAGAAUAAUAAUUCAGAUCCUGAUUGCAGUAGCUUUUCUUGAAAAUUCAAUCUCCAUGGAGAUGGACCAGAUGGUUAUCUAGCUUUUCUUCAAAAAUCAAGCUGGUAAGCUGAUCCCCAUAUACUUUGUUGGAUUCAGGACUUGAAAUCGAAUUCAGAGAAAUCUAGAUGACUGCGGAUGAAUCAAGUAACGCUGUAUGGACGAGAGAGCAAGAUAAGGCAUUUGAGAAUGCCUUGGUAACAUACCCUGAGGAUUCUUCGGAUAGAUGGGAGAAAAUUGCAGCAGAUGUUCCAGGGAAGUCCUUAGAGGAGGUUAAGCUUCACUAUGAGAUCUUAAUUGAUGAUGUUAGCAGGAUCGAGUCUGGUUGUGUACCUGUGCCUUGUUACAACUCUUCUUCUGACAACUCCGCAAGCCAUGAUGGUGAUGAAGGAACUAGCAAGAAAGGUGGAAAUUCUGGGAACACGAACAGUGAUUCAAAUCAUGGAAAGUCUAUGAGGGCAGAUCAGGAGCGUCGCAAAGGGAUUCCUUGGACAGAGGAAGAGCACAGGUUCUUUCUUCUUGGUUUGGAGAAAUAUGGGAAAGGUGAUUGGAGAAGUAUUUCUAGGAACUUUGUUGUGACGAGAACGCCUACACAAGUUGCAAGCCAUGCGCAGAAAUACUUCAUCCGUUUAAACUCUAUGAACAAGGAUAGGAGGCGAUCAAGCAUCCAUGACAUCACCAACGUUAACAGCGGAGAUGUUUCAGUGGGCCAAGGACCGAUUACUGGACAAACUAAUGGAAGUGCAGCAGCAGCAGCAGCAGCAGCAGGAGGUUCUUCUGGAAAGUCGAACAAGCCACAGGCUGUGGCUCCUGCUCCUGCUGGAGUUGCCAUGUAUGGGGGGGUGACAACUAUUGGACAGCCAGUAGGGGUACCCCUUGUUCCUGCAGUCGGUACACCUAUGAAUCUUCCUCCGCAGGCUCACAUGGCAUAUGGGACACCUUCCAUUCCCGGAGCAGUGGUUCCUGGAAUGCCUCAUACAUCUGUCCAUAGGUAGGUAAACUGCUUUCCAGUCCAACAAUGUUCAUCCUGCUAUUUUCAACAUGAGCUAGCCAUCGUGGUAAUACAUUAUGAUGAUGAUGUCGCUUAAAGACCGAGCCUUUGAUCAUACUGUGGUCCUCGUCUUCCUUCCAUUUUAUGUGUAUGAAAAUCGAAAUAAGAUUUGAUUGAUUGCUUGCAUGCAGCUAGUGAUAUGGGAGCACUUAGUUUAGGAGAGAGCAGGGCAGAUUUGGUAGUUAGUUGUUGUUUCUAUUCUAGUGGUUUAUUAAGAGCAGAGCAGAGCUAUUCUCUCCUCAAACUUAAGUUGUACAGCAAGCAAGCAAGCAAGCAACAACUUCCUCAUCUCUCCUAUUAAGUGUAUAGCAUAUCCAAGCACCUAUUUUCUGGACUUUUGUGUGCUCACUUUACAUUCUCAUAUCAUCAAUUUCUUUUCUUUC